UGAAGUAGAUGAGAAUGACGAUGUCAACUACAUUGACCUAUCCGAUAUUGAUGACCCUAUAAUUCAAGAUAGAAUCAAUCGACAAAUUUAUCGGCUCAUAAUGAACCAAGAAACCGAAAAGAUUAAAUUAAUGGAACUAAAAGAGAUAGAAAAACUCGAAAUAAUGGAGAAGAAAGAGGCGGAGAAGUUAACAAUUAUUGAAAGAAAGGAAGAAUUGAUCAAUGAACUAAAACGGGCAAAAGAAACCAUCAAAAAGUAUGAAAGCCUCAAAAACGUAUGCAAUAUACGAGGUGGUCUUGAAUUCGUUAGAUCCCAGACCGUUACCUUUCCUGAACCUGCAGAUAAACCCUUAAUUGGCUUGUCUAAAGAUAAAGCCUUUGUUAGUUUCUUACAAAAAAUCUGCAAACAUAAUAAUAUCCGAUUUGAUGAUGUCCAAACUUGUGUGGGAGGCGAAUUUCCGUAUGAGAUUAUUCCUAUGGCCACCAUGUCCAGUGUUGGGAAAUAA